GAGCGAAGGUUUACCGACUUGUAUCAGAAUAGAAAUAGCCAAAAAGUAUAUAUAUAAAGAGACGAUAUUCUAAUUCUAACUCACAAUUGUCGACUUCUGAAUUAUCUCAUUGACAUACGUUUGCAUGUCUCAGAUAAUUGUCGUUUUAUGAAAGAUUCGCCUUCAAUAGCUACUUGAAAGUAAGGCUUGAUUAGAGUGAAUUGGCCGCUAUGGACUCCAAACAAUUCCGAGAAGCGGCCAUCUCGUCCAUCGACGACAUCGUCAAAUACUACGACACAAUUGAGGAGCGAAGAGUAGUCUCCAAUGUCGAACCAGGCUACCUCCGAAAACUCCUACCGGAAGAGGCACCCGAGCACGGGGAAGCCUGGGCCGACAUCCAGAAAGAUCUCGAGUCGAAAAUCGUGCCGGGUCUAACACACUGGCAAUCACCCAACUUCCUAGCCUGGUUCCCCUCAUCGAGCAGUUUCCCCGCGAUGCUGGGGGAGAUGUACUCGACGGCCUUCACAGGCGCAGCAUUCAACUGGAUCUGCAGCCCGGCGGUAACGGAGUUGGAGACCGUAGUGCUAGACUGGAUGGCGAAAGCGUUCGGGCUGCCGGCAUGCUACCUCUCGAAUGGCCCGACCAACGGCGGCGGCGUCAUCCACGGCACCGCCUCCGAGGCCAUCGCCACGGUCCUCGUCGCCGCUAGGGACAAGUACCUGCGCGAGGCGACGUCACAUAUUACUGACGAGGAGGAGCGCGAGGACGCGAUCGCGAUCCGUCGUAGUAAGCUUGUGGCCCUGGGGAGCGCGGCCACGCACAGCGCGACGAAGAAAGCGGCGCAAAUCGCCGGCGUGCGGUUCCGCGCCGUCCCAGUGCACGCUGAGGACGGGUACCGGAUGACAGGCGCGGAGCUCGGGCGCGUUGUCCGCGAGCUGCGCGCCAAGGGUCUCGAGCCAUUCUACCUAACAGCGACGCUCGGAACGACAGACACCUGCGCCGUCGACGACAUGGACGGGAUCGCGUCCGUCCUCGCCGAGCUCGCGCCCCCGGGAAAGGGGGAGAUCUGGGUGCACGUCGACGCGGCGUAUGCGGGCGCCGCGCUGAUAUGCCCGGAGUACCAGCACCUCGCGAAGCAGUUCGACAAGUUCCACAGCUACAACACGAACCUGCAUAAAUGGCUCCUCGUCAACUUCGACUGCAGCGCCGUCUGGGUGCGCGACAGGAAACAUCUGACCGAUGCGCUGAGCGUGUCGCUUGCGAUUCUCAAGAACCAGCAUACUGACUCCGGCCUCGUUACCGAUUACCGCGACUGGCAGAUCCCGUUUGGUCGACGCUUCCGUUCUCUAAAGGUCUGGUUCGUCGUGCGCAGCUACGGCAUCGAGGGGUUGCGGAAGCAUGUUAGGAAGCAUAUCGGUCUAGCGGAGACGUUUGGGGAGCUACUUAAAGGCAGGCCGGAUCUAUUUGAGAUCGUGACGGGUCCGCGGUUCGCGCUGACAGUGUUCAAGGUCGUGGGGAAGAAAGGGGAAAGCACGUUGGAGGAACAGAAUGAGUUGACGAAGAAGGUGUAUGAUCGUGUGGUAGAGGACGGUCGCAUCUUCUUGUCGAGCACUGUUGUCGGUGGUGUGUUUGCUAUUAGACAUAAUCCCGCCACGCCGCUGGUGGAAGAACACCAUGUUAAGAAGCAUUUCGAGAUACUAGCUGAAGCGGCUGAGAAAGUGCUUGCUGAGGUAUAGAUAUAGAUGAGCAUGUAUUAGAUAAUGAGAUAUGUUCUAUGAGUCAU